AUGUGGUUCGCUGCGAAGCCUACUGCUUCUCUUCUAUUCCUCCUUUUGCCCCUCGUCAUGUCCUGCGAGCAAAUGGAGGAGCCAACUGUGAAGGUGGCGCAGGGCGAUGACCCGGAAGAAGUAGGUUCUUGGAACGGAAUACGGAAUGCGACCUCAUAUAGUUCAAACUGUAUUCAGAAAAGUUUGGAUACGCAAAACGUAACAGGGGAUGAAGACUGCCUCUACCUGAACGUGUUCACGGCUGGUCCUGCUGAGUCUUGGAACUCAUCCAAGAGACCAGUCAUCGUCUGGUUCCAUGGCGGCGCUUUCGUCGUAGGGAGCGGCAAUAUGGAGAACCGGAGACCAGAUCCCCUCUUGAGACAUGGAAUCGUGUUUGUGUCUGUAAACUACCGCCUGGGCGUUAUG